CAUUAGCCAAUGGCAGCCCAGCUGGGCUGGGCCCUUGGCCUUCUGGGUCCGCCAGCCUCUACUGAUAGGAGAAGGCAACUUCUCCUGCAGGACCCCUUAAUCUUCAGGGCAGCUCCCAGAGCAUGGAGCCUUCCUGAUUCCGCUCUUAGCCCAAUGUUCCUCACAGUCAAGCUGCUCUUGGGCCGGAGAUGCAGCCUGAAGGUGUCGGGACACGAGAGCAUAGCCACCCUGAAGAAGCUGGUGUCCGAGCGGCUGCAGGUGCCCGAGGAGCGGCAGCACCUGCUCUUCCGUGGCCAGCUCCUGGCCUACGAUAAGUGCCUCUCGGACUAUUGCAUUGGGCCCAAUGCCUCCAUCAACGUCAUCAUGCGGCCCUUGAAGAAUAUGGCACUAAAGGAGGCCCACCAGCCCCAGCCCCAGCCCCUGUGGCACCAGCUGGACCGGGUCCUAGCCAAGCACUUUGAACCACAGGAUGCCGAGGCAGUGCUGCGGCUGCUGAGGCAGGAGCACAAGCAGCGCCUGCAGAGGAUAAGCCUGGAGGACCUGGAGCAGCUGGCGCGGUCCCUCCUGGUGGAGGAGCAGCACCGCCCGGCAGGAGAGAGGGAGCCCAGGGCUGUGCCUCAGAGCCCCUGCGACACGGAGGAGGAGGAGGCAGCAGUGGUGGUAGCUGAUCAGUAA